AUGUUUAUAAGAAGUCCCAAGUCUCUACGACAUCGUACGUCCAGCAGAAGGCUCAACGCACUUCAUACGAUCCGAGAUGAAGGGCUUGCGAGGACGCAAGAACGAGUCUACCUGCACGACACGCUUCGUGCGCUCGAAACCCCGCUCGGGAAGUCUUGGGGGCCUCCACAGGGGGCCCUCUUCCUCCUCCUCCUUCUCUUUCCUGGACGUCUGCAGGAGACACCAGAUCUUCCUGGACGUCUGCUGGAGGAACCAGAUCUUCCUGGACGUCUGCAGGAGACACCAGAUCUUCCUGGACGUCUGCUGGAGGAACCAGAUCUUCCUGGACGUCUGCAGGAGACACCAGAUCUUCCUGGACGUCUGCUGGAGGAACCAGAUCUUCCUGGACGUCUGCAGGAGACACCAGAUCUUCCUGGACGUCUGUUGGAGGAACCAGAUCUUCUUGGACGUCUGCAGGAGACACCAGAUCUUCCUGGACGUCUGCUGGAGGAACCAGAUCUUCCUGGACGUCUGCAGGAGACACCAGAUCUUCCUGGACGUCUGCAGGAGGCACCGGAUCUUCCUGGACGUCUGCAGGAGACACCAGAUCUUCCUGGACGUCUGCAGGAGGCACCGGAUCUUCCUGGACGUCUGCUGGAGGCACCAGAUCUUCCUGGACUUCACCAGGCGUCAGACCUUCUCUCGUGUGGUGAAGUGCUUGGCCGAGCAGUCAGUGAUCACCGCUGA